GCCGCCCAAGACCUCGUGCCGACCGUGGGCGCGAACAAGAGGGUUUUCGUCUGCGAUCUGGCGCCCAGCGUCAAUGAGCAGGACUUGGACCUGAGGCAGCUGUUCGGCCUCUACGGCACAGUCGUCGUCCUGCAGCAGGCCGACGCGGAGCCGGAGCGGUCGUGGCUCGUCGAGUACACCGCGCCCGAGGCGGCGGCCGACGCCAAGGGCACGAUCAGCGGAGCGAUGGUGCGCGGCAGGAUGGCCCGCGCCAUGCUGGGGAGCACCCUGGAGAUCGGUGGCACGAUGGUUUCUGGGCGACGGCUCGUCAUCGAGAACCUCGACACGAAGAUCGAGAGCCAGGGCUUCGACGACCUCUGCGCCCUCUUCGGCGAAGUGCUUGACAGCAAGCUGGAGCUGGACGCUGGCGGCCUGUCUAAGGGCUACGGUUUCGCCCACUUCGCAACGGACGAGGACGCGGCGCGCGCCAAGGAGACGCUGGAGGACAUGACGAUCGGCGAGUCCGCGGUGAGAGUUCGGCCCUUCACCUGGGACGAUGCGUCGCGCUUCACCGGGACUGCGUAUGCCAGGAUGAUCUACAAUCCCUACAGCUCCACGGGCAUGGGGGCGAUGUGA